AAUGAAACGCGACACGCAGGAGAGAGCAGUGAUCGGAGCCGAGGGGAAGCUACGAACUCAUGUGUCCAGUCUGAACGACCGCUUCGACUCAGAUCGACACCGAUCCUUUUACUCUUCCCUAAGGAAAGGCGGACAGUCCGGACGCUUGAAGGAGUAGCAACUCGAUGCCCGAAUGUUUCCCAGCAACCAGGUUUCAAAUCCGACAAGUAGCUGCCUGCGUGAUGUGGAGCUGUAUUGUGAUUAGCUGGCUGCUGCCCAUCCUGUGUCUGGCAGCGCCAGCUCACAUUAACCGUUUGGCACUCUUUCCAGACAAAAGUGCUUGGUGUGAGGCGAAGAAUAUCACCCAAAUUGUGGGCCACAGUGGCUGCGAGUCACAGUCAAUACAGAACAGGGCCUGCUUGGGACAGUGCUUCAGCUAUAGCGUUCCUAACACCUUCCCCCAGUCCACGGAGUCCCUUGUGCACUGUGAUUCAUGUAUGCCAGCGCAGUCGACGUGGGAAGUGGUGACACUCGAGUGUCCAGGAAAUAAAGAAAUGAGCCGCCGAGACAAGCUGGUGGAGAAGAUCCUGCAGUGCAGCUGCCAGUCCUGCGGGAAAGAGAAUGCCCAGGAAGCCUCGCUCUUCAAUGUGUACGUCAAUCCCGAUGAUAUAAGCCAAACUCCCAUGGAGCCCUUCGUGCACGAGCACGCGCAACCGCACCGUCUCCAGGAGAAUGACCAAGGUGAUUAGGCCACCCGUCCCAUCCAUCCUUUUCUGCCAUCCGACUCUCUUCAGUGGGUGCGUUAGCAGGUAAACCUGCUACGCGCACCCUUAAAAGACCUAUUGAGGGGUAGCUAUGAAUAGAAAGCCUCUUCGUUAAAUAGGUAGAAUAUGGAAGCAUUUAUUUACGCCGUUAAGAUUAAAAAAUAGUAAUAGAAUAUGAUGUAAAUGUGUAUCUUGCUAUGUAAGCCUGGCCGAAUCGAGGCCGAUAUGGAGAUGACCACUAGAGGGCAGCUGUGCUUCACUCGCAGUUACCAGUUCUGCACCUUCCUAACACGAGCGCUUCCUCCGACAGUCUGGGCGCUCCUGGAGUCUCUCUUCGCUCAGCUCAGUAAGCAAAUGGAGGAGCCACACAAGAAGCGGAGGAAUGACUUUCAUUAAAUGCGUUUUAGUGCAAUGCAUUGCUCUUGUAAAUAAUCUUGUUUUUCGGUCGAGUUAAAAAAAAGAUGAUUCCGAAUGAAAAAGUAUUAAACCUGUUAGCACUUCAGUGGAUUAUAAAAGGGCUGUAUGGAAAUACAGACUGGAAACGAAUAAAACUGGUCUGCACUUUUUUACAAAAA